AUGUUACGUUGUGGGCUCAAAUAUCUUGAUGAGCUCGAUACUCUUGAAGAGAAAGAAAGAAAAGAGAAGGAAAAGGAAUUUGCUGCGUCCUCGGCGCCUGUUGCUCCCUCCAACCCCUUUGGUCAAUUUGGUCAAUUAGAACAAACUGGUCCUUCCGACCUUCCUACGACUGGUUUCGACUCUUUCGACCCUUCUUUACUGAGUGCGAUGAAUUCUCCUUCCGUGCAGGCCGCGUUGAACUCCCCUUCUUUCUGGGAAAAUUCGGAUUCUGUCGGCGAAACUCCUCAAACUUCUCAAGGUGCUUGA